AUGCCGGGAUUGGAGGAAGAUGAUGAUGAGGAGGUCUAUAGGACGGUGAGUCUUAAUUUGAGAAAAAUAAUGGAUAAGAAGUGGAAUGUAUUACCCUUGAUUGAGUUAUUUGGAUUUGUUUGCAUUAUGGGGCUGUUAAUUGCUAGCUUGACCAUUGAUAGGUUGCUUGAAUUCAAAGAUUUGGAGUUUGAAAUUAUGGAAAUGAUUGCGAGUGCUCGAGAUGCUUGCGAGCAAGUGAAACAGGAUUACUCGUCUUGUGAAGAGCAAGCUUGA